GGAAAAGGGAAUUAUGCGACCUGGUUUGGUUGGCAAAGCAAAAAGUCACACCUUCAUUCAUUCUAUUGCUUUUUCGAUCUCUCAAUUCUUCAAUAAAAUCCACUCAUCUUAUUUUAUCUCUCCCCCCUUCCUCUGAUUUCUGCGAUCCUCCUCCUGGAUACAAACAAAGGGGUUGAGUUGAAGUAAUAGAAACUGUAAAUUAAAGGAAUAAUUGAAUCGGAGAUUGGUUUUUGGGAAUGGCGUGUAAGGGUUUCUGGGAAUGUCUGUUGAAGCUGUUGAACUUUCUGUUAGUUCUUGUGGGUUUGUGUAUGAUUGGGUAUGGAGUAUACCUUUUUGUAGAGUACAAGAAUAUCUCUUCAGAUGAUGAUGGUGGUGAUGCCGCACUUCCCCCUUCGACCGAUGCUUUUGUGCAGCUCGGUCGGCCCAUGCUAUUAGCUGUUUCUUUGGCUGAUAACAUUUUCGACAAACUGCCCAAAGCAUGGUUUAUUUAUCUUUUCAUUGGGCUUGGUGGAAUUGUUCUUUUCAUUGCUUGUUGUGGUUGCAUUGGAACUGCUACACGGAAUGGCUGCUGCCUCACUUGUUAUUCAUUACUGGUGAUCUUGUUGAUUUUGGCCGAGCUGGGAUUUGCUGCUUUUAUAUUCUUUGACGAUGACUGGAAAGACGAAAUUCCAACCGACAAGACUGGAAAUUUUUCUAUGAUAUAUGACUUUCUGGAUGACCACUGGAAAAUUGUCAAGUGGGUUGCUCUUGGUGCUGUUAUACUAGAGGCGCUGAUAUUUUUGUUAGCACUUAUUGUAAGGGCUGCAAAUAGCCCAUCAGACUAUGAUAGUGAUGAAGAAUAUAUAGGUGGGUCCAGACAACAGAUCCGGCAGCCAUUGAUAAAUAGGCCAGCUGGCGGUCCAGUCACUGGCCCCCCUGUCACUAACAACCUAGAUCAGCGUACAAGCAGAACUGACUCUUGGAGUACUCGUAUGAGGGAAAAGUAUGGGCUGGAUACCUCAGAAUUUACGUACAACCCGUCCGAGUCAAACAGGUACCAGCAAUCUGCAACUCAACCAUCUGAGGAAAGAAAUCGCUGCUGCAUCAUUAUGUGACGUGGCACCCUAUUUGAUUUGAUAUUAUUUGACGCUGCUGCACCAAAAGUGUCACCAUUGUGUUUUUUGAUUAUCGAACUGUAAUUAUGUUGUGUGAGGUAUUUGUAUCUUGUGUGAGUAAUGGUUCGUUUCCUUGAUUAAAAAACCCCUCUUCAGGAUUGCUGUGUGAUUUAUCGUAUCUCUUUAAAUUUGAAGUCACGACACUUUCGUUCCAUUGUUAUUUCUGUAAGAUAUUAUGUUCUUACAUUGUUGUUGCCGGAUUGAUGUAUUCUAUUAUUAUCCAAGUUUUGCUUUAU